CGUGCGAGCGGUGAGGAGGGGGCGGAGCCUUCGUGCAAGGAGCACUGCGCAGCGCCACUGAGCUGCGGAGCCGGAACGGAGCCUGAGUCCUGGUCGAAGCUGGGUUGAAAACUAGCUGAAUCCAGAGGCUCGCAGACUGAACGAGCAUACCUCUCUUGCCGGCCUCUCCACCAUGAUUCACAGUCUUUUCUUGAUCAACUCUUCCGGAGAUAUUUUCCUGGAGAAACACUGGAAAAGCGUGGUCAGCCGCUCUGUCUGCGAUUACUUUUUCGAGGCCCAAGAGAGAGCUACCGAGGCAGAAAAUGUGCCUCCGGUCAUCCCCACCCCUCAUCACUACCUCUUGAGCGUUUACCGACACAAGAUCUUCUUUGUGGCCGUGAUCCAGACAGAGGUCCCCCCUCUGUUUGUCAUUGAAUUCCUUCACCGAGUAGUCGAUACAUUUCAGGACUAUUUUGGAGUCUGUUCCGAGCCAGUGAUCAAAGACAAUGUGGUGGUGGUCUAUGAGGUGUUGGAAGAGAUGCUGGACAAUGGCUUCCCCUUGGCUACGGAGUCAAACAUCCUCAAAGAACUGAUAAAGCCUCCCACCAUUCUCCGGACAGUGGUCAACACCAUCACAGGAAGCACCAAUGUGGGGGACCAGCUUCCAACGGGGCAGCUGUCGGUGGUGCCUUGGCGACGGACAGGGGUGAAAUAUACCAACAACGAGGCCUAUUUCGAUGUGGUGGAAGAGAUAGACGCCAUCAUCGACAAAUCAGGUUCCACAGUCACCGCUGAGAUCCAAGGGGUGAUUGAUGCCUGUGUUAAGCUGACCGGGAUGCCGGAUCUCACUCUGUCCUUCAUGAACCCCAGGUUGCUGGACGAUGUUAGCUUCCACCCCUGUGUCCGUUUCAAGCGCUGGGAAUCUGAGCGCAUCCUCUCCUUCAUCCCUCCUGAUGGCAACUUCCGCCUGCUCGCCUACCACGUCAGUGCACAGAACCUCGUUGCCAUUCCAGUCUAUGUCAAACAUAGCAUCAGUUUCCGGGACAGCAGUUCACUUGGACGCUUUGAAAUCACAGUGGGACCCAAGCAGACCAUGGGGAAGACCAUAGAGGGUGUGAUUGUCACCAGCCAGAUGCCCAAAGGAGUCCUGAAUAUGAGCCUCACUCCAUCUCAGGGGACACACACGUUCGACCCUGUGACAAAGAUGCUGUCGUGGGAUGUGGGAAAAAUCAACCCACAGAAGCUGCCAAGUUUGAAGGGGACGAUGGGUCUCCAGGUCGGAGCUUCUAAACCAGACGAGAACCCUACGAUUAACCUGCAGUUUAAGAUCCAGCAGCUGGCCAUUUCCGGACUCAAAGUGAACCGUCUGGAUAUGUACGGAGAGAAGUACAAGCCCUUUAAGGGCAUCAAAUACAUGACCAAAGCCGGCAAGUUCCAAGUCCGAACCUGAAAGGGAAUGUCUUGCUGAAGGAGCAGCUCUCGGACACUUUUUCAUUUCUUACUUGUCUAAAGUAAAAUGUCAGCCUGUUUCUUAGGUCCGUUCCCUCCAGGCUCCAUCUACUCCCUUUUGUCCUCUGUCUUCAGUCACAUAAGUGAUGGAGGGAGAGAAGGUUCAUUGGGGAAAACACGGCCAACCCCAGCGCAGCACUGACUGAGUCUUCGAGGUGUGGCCUGGAGAGCAGUGGCCCGUGUCACUGCAUUUCACCACUUUUAACACGGUUGCUGUGGAGAAAGACUGGCCUGUGAUGUUUGGUUUCAGUCACCUAAACCCAGUGGAAGAUGUCUCUAUUGAUUUUUUUUUUUAAAGAUAGAUAUGAAAGGCAAAAAAGAAGAUCAGAAGAAAAGUGGGUGUUAGUCCAAGAAAGAGCAGUUGAGAUUUGCCUCGUGGGUCUGGGUUGUACCUCGUCGAUCAAACCCUGACCUGGAUCCUGUGCGAGCCCUGGUUCAUCCUGGUACCACCCACAAUGCAAGACAGAUCUGCUCAACGGGGGACAACACUGAGAGGCUGGCGUGAAGAGAUACCAUAGUGAAGGGUUGGCGAGCAAAGAUCGGAAUCUCCCUGGUGGGGCUAGGACGAGCCGAGUGCGGGUGGUUUCUUUCUGACCCCUCUCACGUGUAGAGAGGAUUUGCAUGUUCAGGACUUUCAAAGUUCAAGUCCAUGCUUGAUGUGAAACGGCACUGGGAUCAGCUUCCUUUAGAGACUAAGGUGCCACAGCCUGGCUCUUGAGAUUCUCACUGGCUGUUUGUGCUGGCCCGUCGUCUUGGUGGGGAGGUUACCUGCUGGGGCAGUGUACAGCCUUUUGCUGGUUAUCUGACUCCUCAGUGGGAUCGCCCCCAAAACAGCAGUGCUCGGCACAGGCAGGUUUUAUGAGGGAUAGUGGUGGAGGUGAUGUGGGGGACUUGCCACCCACGGUGGAUCAUGCCCCUGCUCCCUGACCUCCAUUGACGUUUGUGAGGCCGGACUGGCCCUGGGCCUUGCUUUUUCCUGUCUGAAGGUCCCAUCAGAAUCCCCGCGUGAGUGUGAGCCCACCGAGGACAUUCAUGAGUGCACAAAGCUGCUUCCCAUUGUCUGUACAUCUAUCAUCUACAGCUCCCAGACAGAUUGCUCCCAGUCUGCACUUACAACCAAAAAAAAAAAAAAAAAAAAGUGUCUAGAACCUCUGAAUAAAAUUAAUACCAUAGGAGGGCAGGCUGUGUUGGCCAGGAGUAGUCCCCAGUUUAAACCAUAGCAGCUGAAGCACAGAGUAUUCUAAUUCUGUUUCAAUGUGUCCAUUAGUCAUUUUACUGAAUACAUAAAAGGCUGGCGUGUUGUUUUUAAUUUACAGCUUAGGGAGUAACUUGCGCUCUGUGUUGUGCCUGGAGGGGAAGGGAGACCCACUUCCUUCAGUCUGCACGGCUCUCCCCUAUAGUCCUAUUUCUAAGUACUUGGGCUUCACUUACUUCUUUUCUGUCUUUUGGCUAGUGUUAUCUCGCUGCGGCCAGGACUUGUUUUUGCUGCCGAGUAGAGUUUCUUUGUGGUUUCCUUGUGGGGUUGAACUGUGCUGUGUACAAUCAGAUGUUUCCUACCAGGAUCUGGACGAGUGUCCCAUACCCUGCUGUGGAGGGUACACACUUUGCAGGUCACUUUCACAGGCUCUGAGUGGGGGGAUUCCAAGUUUUCUUGGGUCACGGGGAACUAUGUAUAUCGGACUCUGAGCGUGUUUAAGUUAGUACGUGCAGCUCAUUUAUCCCCUCGAGCACAGCUUGUUUUUUUUUUCCAGGAGGAGGCUGUGUUGAGAGUAUAGGAUCGGCAGACCUAGGCAUCAUGGGUACUGCCAAGCCUCGCUGGCCCCACCCAGUGAUUGUCAGCAGAGGUUGUGCAGGGCGUCUCAAUAGCUGCUCGCUCUGUGUGUGGUCCAUAUUAAAGUCCUAAUAAAGCUUUACCAGUCCUGG